AUGGCAAUGCGCACUUCUUUGAGUCUGCCAUGUCGCAUAAUCUCGAAUAACGUCUCCCACAACGUCAGGCCUGCGACACGGCUCGUCAAACGCCCAUUGAACGGACAUGGAUUUGCGACCGAGGCUUCAGUCCCCAAGAAGGGUUCCAAAGGGCCUACAGCCAUGGUUUUAUUGAAUAUGGGUGGGCCAUCGAAAGUCUCAGAAGUCGAGAAUUUCCUUAGCCGUCUUUUCGCCGAUGCCGAUUUAAUUCCAUUAGGCCCGCUUCAAAAGUACCUAGGACCACUCAUUGCUCGUCGCCGCACUCCCAAGAUCCAAAAACAGUAUUCUGACAUCGGUGGAGGAUCGCCAAUUCGAAAAUGGUCCGAAUAUCAGUGCGAAGAAAUGUGCAAGAUUCUCGACGAGAUCUCCCCUGAAACCGCACCCCAUAAGCCAUACGUGGCAUUCAGAUAUGCGGAUCCCUUGACGGAAGAAAUGUAUAACAAAUUACUGGAAGACGGAUUUGGGGGAGGAAAUGGUGGUCGGGCUGUCGCCUUUACUCAGUAUCCUCAAUACUCGUGCUCUACGACAGGCAGUUCUCUCAAUGAGUUAUGGAAGUGGAGGAAUAGGUUAGAAGGCCCCCGCUCAGGUAAAGACCCGGCUGGUGUGAUUCAAUGGAGUGUGAUUGAUCGAUGGGCUACGCAUCCUGGGCUGGUGGAGACAUUUGCGAAGAAUAUCGAGGACCAGCUAGCCACGUACCCGGAAGAGAAGCGAUCUUCUGUGUUGAUUCUUUUCUCCGCUCACAGUUUGCCCAUGAGCGUCGUCAACCGAGGCGAUCCGUACACGGCAGAAGUUGCGACGACAGUUCACGCCGUGAUGGAGCGCUUAGGAUUCUCAAACCCUUACCGGCUCUGCUGGCAAUCUCAAGUUGGACCAUCAGCAUGGCAAGGCGCUCAAACAAGCCAUACUGUUGAGAAUUACGUCAAGAAAGGGUUCACCGACAUGGUUCUUGUUCCCAUUGCCUUCACCACCGAUCACAUUGAAACUCUCUAUGAACUAGACAAGGAAGUGAUUGGCGAAGCUGGCCACGCUGGCAUCAAGCGAGCGGAGAGUCUAAACGGCAACCCAACGUUCAUUCGCGCCUUAGCUGACAUUGCUAAGAACCACUUGGAGUCGGGAGAGAACUGCUCACGACAAAUGACGCUGCGCUGCCAGGGGUGUACCAGCGAGCGUUGUUUGGAGCAAAAGAAAUUCUUUGCUGGUGAUGCUAUGAAGCAUCUUGUACGAUAA